CCCCAAUUUAUCGGAUUAUAUCUUAUAUACCAAAAAUAAGUAGAUAAGUAAAGACCUAAGAUUCUUACAGAUUUUAAUGUGAAAAAAGAAUAAAUAAUAUCUAUGCUCAGAGCCAGUUGGAAAAAGUAUUUUCCUAGAACAUUUGCGUGAGGAAUGGUUGCAUACAUUUCUUUUUUUUUUGGAAAGUAUGCACACAUCGAUUUUUCAGAAGUGGAAUUUCAAGUUUUACAUGGACAUUUCAAAGCCAAUACAUUCGCAGAAGUAACACAUCAAUAAUGUGUAGCGGCUACUAUGGGUUCCUUAACACUAUACUGAAUCCAAACAAAUAUAUUUCGGGGAUGCAUGUUUGACGGCUGCUAACAAGGCAUCGAGAGCAGUUUUUUUAAGACAAUCAGAACAUUGACACAUCGAAAGUCCAUAAAAUAAAUUCUGCAUGCAGGCUUCUGAUAAAACCAGUUAACCAUAAAUACAUCGGUUCGAGCUAUUAUUGAAUGCAGGUUGGAUAUAAAACUGGUUUAUUUUCAUAAGCGCAAAGAAACGAAUCGAGUUCUCGGGUCCAUAUAAUGAAUUGGUAUUCUAAAAGAUAUAAGUUAGCCAGAAAAGAAUUUGAACAUCGUUCCUAAGAAUGUUUACAAAUGUGCCUAAUAUGGAGCGAUUUUUUAUAUUGGUAUUAAUUUUUGUACCAGUUGGGAAGUAUGUAACUGCCAUUAACGAAUACGACCGGCAAUGCGAGCCAAUACGUAUAGAAUUGUGUCGUAACAUUGGAUAUAAUGAAACAUCUAUGCCAAAUCUCGCUGGCAAUGAAAUUCAAAGUGAAGCCGAAUAUACAUUACAAUCUUUCGCUCCACUCAUAGACUAUGUGUGCAGUUCACAGUUAAAAUUGUUUCUAUGCGCUACUUACGUGCCAAUGUGCACACCGAAGGCCCCAGUGCCAAUAGGACCAUGCCGUACGCUUUGCGAAAGCGUUCGCUCACGCUGUGAUCCCGUGCUUCAGGGAUUUGGUUACCAUUGGCCACCUGCUCUAGAUUGCAGUAGAUUUCCUAAAGAAAACAACCAAGAAACUAUGUGCAUGGAAGGACCCGGAGAGGUACUGGAGACGCAUUCAGUAGGUGACACAUAUUCAGCACACACACCAGCAAAAGUUAAUCCACAACAAACCAUUGAAGCAUCAGUUCCUGUGCUUGAAUGCCCUGGCCGUUCAAAGCUGUACGUUAAAUUACAUAGAUCCUUUCGCUGUGCUCCUUUAUGCCACGCCACUAUUUUAUUUGGUCCAAAUGAAAAGCACAAAGCGGAAAUUUGGGCAAACACCUGGACAUAUACUGCGUUGGGUCUGGGAUUACUUGCAGUUGCUUGUCUUUUUGCAGAAACAAAUGCAUUCAACACAAGUGAAGCACAGACUACAAGAGUACUGCCACCGUUGAUGUGGAGUCACAUAAUGGUGGUAAUUGGAUGGACUGUUCGUUUUGUGGCUGGUCGUACAGCAACUUCAUGUGGUUUCGAUCCACAACUGCCAAAUGUCUCCCUAUUAUUGGUUGAUGGACUUUCUAAUGGGACAUGUGCUGCCACAUUUUUACUACGAUACUACUUUGGAAUGACAGCUGCUGCUUGGUGGGCGAUUUUAUGCUUAGGCUGGCAUCGUGAUGUUCGACGUAAUAGUCCAGAUUCGGUUAAUAGCUUCCCUUAUAGUUCUACGAAUAUCAGCAAUACAACAACCAAAUCAUAUCGAGGAAACAUGUACAAAAUGGGAAGCAGCAUUACCACCAGUAAUCUUGCGAGAUUUUUGGCUUGGGGCUUACCAGCAUUUCAAACUGCAGCAGUUAUAGUUGGAAGAAUUAUUGAUGCCGAUGAAUUAUUGGGUAUUUGUUUCGUGGGCAAUCAAUCAGAAAAAGGCUUACAGAUUCUUGUUGCAACUCCAUUAUUUUGCUAUUGGAUAUUUGGAGCAAUGAAUUUGGCCUCGGGAUACUUGGUUCAUCGUCGUAACAAAGAGAUUGUACGAAGCACAAACUCAACAACUUUGCAAAUAAUUAUGCAAAACAAAUGCAGUAUUUCCGGUUCAUUCUUAUUCAUAUACUGUGUUCCAUUUGCCGUAUUACUUUUGGCAGUUAUUUAUGAGUUUGCCAACAUUGAUGUGUGGAUUAAUCUUUCGCCUUAUAUCAUGCCCAACAGAAGUAAUGUAGCUUUGAACGGGGAGACGCCCAUGUGGCCCUUCAUGACAAAGACCUUUAUGGAAUUAUCGCUGCCUAUAAUUUGUUCUGCCUGGAUUUUAGUUCCCAAAGUAUCUUCAAUGUACAAAAGCCAUGUCGCCAAAACCGCUCCCAAAACAAGCGCUAUCAGCAGUCCUCCACCGACCUCUCAAUCGUUUGCUGGAACAAACAAUUCAAGUUGUCGAACAACUAGCAAAGCGUACAGUACGGUAUCCUAUCAUUCCGUACGGCAGCCAAAAAAUCCCCCCAUAACACCAACAAAAUCACACAAAAACUAUGGAAUCGUAUUGAAACAUCAUCCGAAUUCUUCAUUGGGACACAACAAAUAUGUCCCAAAGCAUUCUGCUCACUUCUAUAUGAGCUCCACGGGCAAAAAAGGGGCGAAUGCAGUUCACCACUAUGGCGACGAAACCAUUCUUUAACAUCGAAUUUGGACAUUCUGUUUUAAGAAGAUAGAUAAGUCUGUGAUAUGCAUCAAUGUAUUGCCUUCAACUAGCAACUAUAUAGUAUUUGUACUAUUCCUAAUUAUUUGUUUAUAGUCUUGUAUCCGCAAAAAGCCUUUGUUUACAUGGCUAUAUCGAAAAGCCUAUACACCACACAUGAUGUUUUCAAUAAAAAAAGAAAACAAACAGUGUUUCCAUAUAUGGAAUUUUAUGAACAAAAUAUUUAUUCUACAAAAUUCUUUUUCUAAUGAAAUUUUAAUGAAUGAUAUAUUCGAUGUUGUUUGUAAACUUUUUGCAUUGUUUUUAGUUCUAAGGAAUUGUGAACUUUUUACUUAACAAGAACAUGCAUACGACGCCACGUGCCUUAAUGAACUACAUAAAGUUUCAAUAAAUUCACUUAAGAAGGCUAUUUUUUCUUUGAGAAAAUCCAAGUCCUUGUAUUUGAUUUUUUUGUAAAGCUUGUGCAAAUGUACUUAAAUUAUAAUAUAUGUUAAACGUAUAAGAAAUGUGCCAUUAAUUUUAAGAAAUAUUUAUUUUUAUAUAUACACGAAAAGUGUAAAAACCCUAAAAUAUCAAUAUGGAGCAUAUACAUUCGAAUUUA